UAAUUAAAUAAUACUGUUAAUUUAGCUGUAAUCAAGUUGUAAAUACAGGUAAACAUGUCGUUCCUAGGGGCAACACUGGCACGAUGCUGUCGUCAAAUGACAGUUGGCGCGUCGCAGCCUAUCGCCAUUUUUGCCAGAACAACAAAUAUUCAAGCUUCGCCAUUGACAACUGGAAUUAAAACGAUUCAGUCGCAAUUUGGAUUUCUCAGUGUACGUAAUUUUGCUAGCAAAGGAAAAAUGGGUUUACCUCGUGUCUUCUUUGAUAUGACCGCUGAUGGUCAACCUUUGGGCCGUAUUGUUAUGGAGCUCCGUAGCGAUGUUGUUCCAAAGACCGCUGAGAAUUUCCGUGCUCUCUGCACCGGUGAAAAGGGUUUCGGCUACAAGGGUUCCUCUUUCCAUCGUGUCAUUCCCAACUUCAUGUGCCAGGGUGGUGAUUUCACAAACCACAAUGGUACCGGCGGUAGAUCCAUCUAUGGCAACAAGUUCGCUGACGAGAACUUCACCUUGAAGCACACCGGUCCCGGUAUUUUGUCCAUGGCCAACGCUGGACCCAACACCAACGGUUCUCAAUUCUUCAUCUGUACCGUCAAGACCGCCUGGUUGGACAACAAACACGUUGUCUUCGGUCAAGUUGUUGAAGGCAUGGAUAUCAUUAAGCAAAUCGAAGGUUACGGCACCCAAUCCGGCAAGACAAACAAGAAGAUUGUUGUUGCUGACUCUGGUGCCCUGUAAGCAAAACACCAGCAUCAUCAUCUAAACGACAACAACAAACAACAAAACUAUUUUAAUAAUUGUAAUUUUAAGAGUAAUCGCAACAGCAAAAAACAAAUGAAAGAUGAAAAAGCAUUUAAAACUAAACAUACUGAACAAAAAAAAAAAAACAAAGAAAAUGAAAAUGAUUAAAUACAAUUUGUUCACUUUUCUUUCUCAGUUUCUUCUCUCUUUCACAAAAAACAUACAUAGUUUGAAAUCGCAAAAAAUUACCAAUUGAAAUAAACAAAAAGAAGAAAUAUGCUUAAAGUAUAAAUUAUAUUGUUCACUCAAUAUUAUUCCCAGAUAAAAAGAAAACCUUUUUUAUUAUUUUACAAAAAUAAAACAUUCUACUUUUUUCCUGUCCAAAAA